AUGAAAAGGAGUAGAGCUGCAGUUUAUGAGCGUGUUCUCAGAGAAUAUGUUGAACAUUUGCAAGUUGAACUGAAAGAUAUGCCACCUAGUAAUAUAUGGAAUUUUGAUGGAACCAACCUAACCGACGAUCCAGGGAAAAAGAAAGUACUCACAAAAAGAGGUUCAAAAUAUUCAGGAAACAUCUGUAAUUCCUCCAAGAGCAGCAUAUCUGUAAUGCUUGCUGGCAAUGCCGAGGGAGAAGUUUUGCCUCCAUUUGUUGUUUACAAAUUAGCACAUCUAUGGUCUACAUGGACAGAAAAUGGGCUCAUUGGCUACCUUUACUCACAUAGUCCUAGCGGAUGGUUUGACAGUAAUACAUUUAGCGAGUGGUUCACCAAGUUGAUGCUAUCAAGACUGAAAAAGCUCGUAGGAAAGAAAGUAGUAAUCUGUGACAGUUUGUUCUCACAUUUGACAACUUAUGUUCUAGCGCUCUGCGGUGAGAAUAACAUUUCGUUUAUCAGUCUACCAGCAAACAGUACUCACAUUACACAGCCUUUGGACGUUACUUUCUUCGGACCUAUGAAACUGGCCUGGAGAAAGGUCCUUACAGAGUGGAAAAGUAGCAGGCAAGGUUUCAAAGGCACUGUCUUGCAGAAACAGCAUUUCCCAUUUCUGUUAAAGAGAUUAAUGGUCAUAGUUGGCAAGAACUCAGCAAAGAACCUAAUGGCAGAUUUCCAAAAGUGCAGUAUUUAUCCAAUCAAUGUUGAUGAAAUUCUUUGCAGUCUUCUGUCACGAACUUGUGACAAAGAUGCGGUACAAGACUCUUUCAUUGAAGCCCUUGAGAAUAAGAGAACUGAAUGGACUACUGGUGCUGCCAGUAACAGAGGAACAAAGAAGCUUUCAGUCACACCUGGUAAAAGUGUGACAGUAAUGCAAAAAAAGGUUUUGAAGAAAUACAGAGGAAGUCACAAAAAUCAAGAUAGUAGUUCAGGAAAAGAUUCUGAUGCCAUUUCUCUCAGAGAUUCUUCUGAAGAUGAGGAUUAUCUGAGAUCUCAAGUCAGGUCACCAUCACCUGUAGAGUUCAAAGUGGAUGAAACCCAGUUACUAACCAGGCCGAAGAAGAAAAGUCCAGAAUUUGGUGAAGUUGUGCACACUGUGGGCCAGUACGUGAUCUUCAAAUAUGAGGGGGAAUAUUUUCCUGGAUUAAUUACUGAUGUAAGCGAUGAUGGAGCUACAAUAAGUUCAAUGCAAAAGUCUAAGAAAUCAUGGAAGUGGCCAAUGCCGAGAGAUGAAAUUAAGUUUGAGUUCGAUGAAAUAAUUUGCACCAUUCUGCCUCCAAAACAGAUAAGCAAACGUGGCUUAUUCUCCAUACCAAAGCUUGAAGGAUACUGGACCCAUUAA